AGACUACUUGUCAUGUUUGUUUCGUGGAACAAGCCACACACGUGUAGUUUAACUUGUUCUGAAGAUGAAACGAACCCAAAUACCACAUUCUAUAAGUCUUCACGGCAAUUACGAUCGAAUACAUUAAGUAUUGAGUUAAAGAGCUCCUCGAGCCACCUCUUCUCUCUCUCUCUCUAUAGAUAUAUAUAUAUAUAUAGUAGUGUUCUUUGGUUUGAUCUAUAGAAAGAAACUCUAGUGAUCUGUUCAAGUGUUGAAUUAAAGAUAGAAAUGAUGCAUUGUUCUCAACCGCUAUCUAUGUCCUCCAUUUGCCGCCCUUAUGCAGUUUCAGUACCAAACCUCACCAGAUCAGUGCCGUUCAUCAACGAAAGGAAAGAAGGUCAUUGCACAAGUGUCUCGCGCAGUGUGAAUAUGGAGAGCCUCCGUAGUGGAUAUCUGUUUCCUGAGAUAGCAAAGCGUGAGUUAGAACACAGACAGAAGUACCCACAAGAAAAGUUGAUUAGGCUUGGCAUCGGUGAUACCACGGAGCCUAUACCGGAUAUCAUAACGUCGGCCAUGGCUGAGUAUACUCUCGCUCUCUCAACAGUCAAAGGCUACAGAGGAUAUGGAGCCGAGCAAGGCAACACGGAUUUAAGAGUGGCUAUCGCAGAAAAAUUAUACAAAAAUAUGGGAGUACAAGGCAAUGAAGUUUUUGUAUCAGACGGUGCACAAUGUGACAUUUCUCGCCUUCAGAUGCUUUUUGGGUCCGAUGUCACGGUGGCUGUGCAAGAUCCGUCUUUUCCGGCAUAUAUCGAUUCUAGUGUGAUAUUUGGGCGAGGUGGAAAUUUUGAAGAGAAAACAGGGCAGUACGGAAACAUUUCGUACAUGAAAUGCUGUCCAGAGAACAACUUCUUCCCCAGCCUAUCACCUUAUUACACCCCAAAAACUGAUGUCAUUUUCUUCUGCUCUCCAAACAAUCCAACGGGUAACGCUGCGACACGUCAGCAGCUCAAACGACUUGUCGAAUUUGCAAAAGACAACGGUUCCAUUAUUAUAUACGACUCGUCGUAUGCUGCUUUUAUAUCAGAUGACAGCCCCAGAUCCAUCUAUGAAAUUCCCGGUGCCAAAGAGGUUGCAAUAGAGGUUUCUUCGUUCUCGAAAUGUGCUGGUUUCACUGGUGUUCGGCUGGGUUGGACGAUUGUGCCGGAAGAGUUGAAGUACUCGAAUGGGUUUCCUGUAAUUAAGGAUUUUGAUCGUAUUAUGUGCACUUGCUUCAAUGGUGCCGCCAGUGUUUCUCAGGCUGGUGGCCUCGCAUGCCUUUCUCAAGAAGGUUACAAGGCAAUGAUGGGCGUGGUUAACUACUACAAGGAAAAUGCAAAAAUAAUAGGAGAAACUAUGAGAUCUCUUGGGAUGAAGGUGUAUGGUGGAAAGAAUGCACCUUACAUUUGGGUACAUUUUCCAGGGCAGACUUCUUGGGAUGUUUUCUCUGAAAUUCUUUCCAAGACACACAUAAUGACCAUUCCUGGUACUGGAUUUGGUCCUGCUGGUCAAGCCUAUAUCAGAUUUAGUGCUUUUGGCCAUAGACAAACCGUGCUUGAAGCCUCCAGAAGGCUAAGAAAUCUUUAUAAUAACUAAUAAGUAAAUUCUCUCUACUAUAUAUUAUAUUGAAUACUGUAUAUUAUUAUUAUUCUCAAUUCUAGACUAUUUAUUGUUAUAUAACUACUGUGGUCCUGUGAGUAUUAUAUAUGUAUGGAUCAGUAUGAGCUUCUCUUC